AUGUGGCAAGCUUCGAUCCCGUUCAAGUGCUGGGAAGCAUGCAUGUGCAAGUCAUUUGGUGCGACGCUGACAUGCCCUGCCCUCAAGUGGCUCGGCAAACUUGAACCAGGUAGUAUAACUAGUUUUUCUAUGUUAGUUAACAAAUUCUAUUCCCAUUUUGAAAGUAGCAGGCAGUUUGACAAGCAGACGAGCGAUCUGUAUCGAAUAGUCCAGGGUCCUAAGGAGACCAUCAGAGCUUAUUGGUCUCGGUUCAACAAAGAAAACGUCUCAAUCAAGAAUGUUGACAAUAGGACUGCCAUUGAAGCCUUCCUUCGCGGACUGCAUACGGACUCGGAUUUGUAUAAAGAUAUGGUCAAAUAUCCAUGCUCAACGUUCGAAGAAGUCCAGACCAGAGCCGUGGCUCAAAUGCGCUUCGACGACAAGCCAAAAUCAGAGAAAGAUAUGAGCAAAUGGUGCGAGUUCCAUAGCGAUCAUGGCCAUAAGACAGAAGACUGCUAUGCCUUGCGAAGAGAAGUUGCCUUCCAGCUGAAGAGAGGCAACCUCAAGCAUCUAUUAGGGAAGAAGAAAAGCAAUGACGCAGGUCGCCGCGAGCCCAAAAAGACGACGACAGCUGGACCUCCCAAGCCCCCUGUACCUAAGGUAAUAGUUAAUGUUAUCACUGGUGGUUCCGAUAUUUGUGGACUAACCUACUAUGCAGCAAAAAGGAUCGCAAAGUCGAUGAUAGAAAAUGCAGAUGUCCCGGACGAGAUUAGAGACCCCCUGGAAAAGAAGCUAGAAGCGAUGUCGAUUACUUUCGAUGACGACGACGUCAAUAAGAUCAACAGAGAGCAUGAAGACUCUUUGGUAAUUUCUUUGAUCGUCAGGAAUUGUCUGCUUUGA